AGGUGUCUCAUCGAUUCAGUUUGUGUUGUGGUAAAAACAUUACAAUAAAGAACAAUAGUUGUACAACAGCUCGGUCUACAGGCUACAAUAAUGCCAUUGUGUUUAGUUCUGAUCCUCUGAAGAGGGAUGAGAUGUUUGAGGUGAGAAUUGACCAGGUAUGUCGAGUGUGGUCAGGGUCACUACACAUUGGACUGACCACUCUGGCCAUAUCAGACACCACCUCAUCCUCCGUCAUCCCAGCAUCUGCCCUAGAAAUGACCUCUAAACUGACCUGGCUAAUAACGGGGUCAGAGGUCAGGAACGGAUUUGUUAUCAAGGAGAAUUACGCACCAGCUCUAGAGAGACUUGAGGUUGGGAAUCUCGUGGGCAUUCGUCGAGUCUCGGACGGUACACUUCAUCUGUACAUUAACGGGGAGGAUAUGGGGGUGGCAGCCUCCAACAUCCCUAAGAACGUGUUCGUGGUGAUUGACCUUUACGGUCCAGUGGAGAUGAUCUCGAUCACCAGUAGUUGUUCCUGGGACGCCUCUUUGAUGGCUAGUCAGCAGUCUCAGUCGGUCAUGUCAGAGUUAGCCGAGGCCGCAGACCUAGAUACAGAGGAGGAAUACCCCAAUACGCUAGGAUUCCAUGUCAACCACGGUAAAAAUAUCAUGUUGAGUAAUGGUGGACUGACAGCAGAGAGAACGGAAAGUUACAACCAGGGACUGAUUGUCACAAGUCAACCACUACACAAAAACCAAAUGUUCCAGGUGCGGGUUGGACACCUGACUCCCCGCUGGAGCUUCUCUCUGAUGAUUGGUGUGCUGGGAUUCCCUCCAGAUAAGUACACCUUCCCGGUCUCCUCCAUGUCUAUAAAGAAGUCCUGUAUCAUGAUCCAGGGUAGCGCGGUGUACAACUCGGGGUGCAAGGUAAAAGAGAAUUAUGGUCCAAAUCUAGAUGAGCUACAAGUAGGUCAUGUGAUUGGGAUAAUGGUUGAUGAAGAGUCCAAUCUUCACCUGUUUUUCAAUGGCGUGGAUCAGGGUGUAGCUGCCAGGGACGUACCAGGCUCCUGUUAUGGAGUGGUGGAUCUUUAUGGGAAAUGCGACAAGGUGACAGUAGUUCCAAAUGUGGACAGCAGUGAAUCUCCCGAACCAAAACAUAAAGAUAAGGAGAAAGCAGAGAAGGAAGACAUUGAAGAAGUGAUGAAAGAAAAGAACAGUCCAAGUGAGACCAUCUUGGGUAGUGUUGUGAUUCGGCCGUGUGAGUAUGCCAAGACCUGCUCUAAGGUCAGGAGCCUGAUGGGUAUACCUGAGGGAUUUUUCCAAGAACAGCAGAUGACGUGUUACUGCGAGUCUUGCCAUAAACUGAGGUCGGAGGAUCUGUAUCUUAGGAGGGGGGAGCCACCCAGGGAGUAUGCGGUGCCCCUGGGGUGGUGCCGAUAUAUUCUCAAACAACGCCAGAAAGCGCCGUCUUUUGUGGCGUCUGACAAGUGGCAUGUGGCGUAUUAUGGUACACAGCUCGAGGUCCUCAGAAAAAUCCUGGAUACUGGGGAUAUACACACCUGUAAUGAUCAGAUGGGAGGAGGUAGUACUCUGCUACCUCAGUCAGUACCAUUCACGGAGAAAUCCCGUCCCGACAGUUCUAGUCUCAGACAAAUUCUAAUGUCUCCCACCAUACGAUACAUAGGAUGUAACGAGUUCUCACCCAAAUUCAAGUUACUGGAGCCGAGAACCAAGAGGACAUUCCAUGUUCGUGUAGCAUUUCAGGUUUGGUUAAAGCCUGGCUCUUAUAAAGUAGGACCUCAGAGUCUUGGGCUCAAUGAACAAAUAGAUCCACAAUUCUCCAACAAUGAGUUAGAGUGGGCCACAAAGGAGAGAGGAUCAGUACUGUUACAUGGACUGCUUAUCAAAAUAGAAAACUUAUAGACAUGACUCCACAUGUAGAAACUCAGAAUCACUUCAUGUUGGUCGUUUUACAUGAUGGUGUUUGUUUAGUCAAUAUAAAUCAAGUACAGUUUCCUGUUUUUGCUACAGGUUGUAUACAUUAUAAAAGACUAAUACAGAGUAUCAAAAUCUUUGUUUUAAUUUCAAAGAAGGGAAUAAGUGUGGACUGUUAGUCAAAUUCUUUUUGUUCUGAAUUCAAAUAUUUUUCUUAAUUCUAACUGUGCUGAUUGGACACUACAUGUAUAAGAACAUACCAAUAUUUUUUUUUACAAGGACAAUUUUUUAAAGAAUUCAAAAUUAUUUGAAUCAAUUUGUCCAUACCUCAAUUUUUGACGUAAAAACAUUGUAUUUGUUUAAACAAAGAUUCCUAAAGCAGGGGUAAUAAAUUAUAUAAAUGUAAAUAGUUGUGCAGUUCACUCCUAUUUCCUGACCUGUAAAUCCAUGGAUAACUUUACAAUCCAUGAAAAUAUGCUUCAGAUUUACAUUUUUUUUUCAGUAUGAGAUAAAAUUUUAGAAUCUACAGACUUUAAUCCUAAUGUUUGCACUGUUUUGUUAUAUUUUUGUUGUUUUGCUUUUAUUUAUAAUACAGAUUUUUCAAUAACAUUAAGUAUUUAUUGUUAAGCUCUUUGAUUCACAAAGAGUAGGAAGUGCUAGACUGUGUGUAUGAAUUGUUCUAAUAAUAUGAAUGAAUGUAUGAGAAUAAGAUAUUGUGAGGUGUUGUUGUUUAUUUGUGUAUCCUGGAAUUCUGUGUGAAUUAAUAGUAACACCUCAAAACCCUUACAGUUACAGUUUUGUUCCAAGUCUAACUUAAAAGUACAAUGCAUGUAUACAUGUAAUACUGCUGGAUGUUAAAAAAGCCCAGCCAAAUUUUUAAUAUGAACUAACAACAAUUUUUUAUACUGUGUGACUGUCAAAUGACUUUCACACAUGAUUCAUAGAAAUAUAGUUCUACAUUACUUUGUAUGUUAGUAGUCAUACUUGUUUUACAACUUACAUUAACUGUUUGCAUGGAUAAAAUUCAUGAUAUUGAUGAGUAUAUGUUCAUUUCCUUGUCAGAAAACUUACAUUCACUUGUACUUUGUCAUUGGCAUUGAUCUCAAUCCAAAUCCAUUUUUUGUGUGUAUAUGUCUGUAAGACUCCAAAGUGCGAUGGUAACGCCAAUGUCCGAUGGUCUCGCCAAACCCCGAUGGCUCACCGUCUUUACGGACUCUAAAGUCCGAUGGUCACACUGAAGUCCGAUGGCUCGUUUCUUAUGAGACACGUUAACGUUUAAGUGCGAUGGUCUGAUACGCCAAGGUCCGAUGGUUGAAAGAACAAUCAACGUUUAAUGACGUCAUAAUAGUCCGACGUCAUGACGUUGCCCUGCAUUCAAAUUCCAUUGAUUCAGUAUUCGUCUCCAUACAAUUGUACAGAUUUUGUUUAUUGUUUUUGCCCACCAGAGGUAUUAGGGUUAGUCCUUGUACGCAAUUUGACUGAUAAGGGUUACUUUUUGAACGCAAAUAUGUUUCUUCGAACCCAUCCGAGAGAUUAGGGGUUAGUCCUCGCGCACCAUUGGACUUAUUUGGAUCAGCCCUGCAACUACCCAAGAUAUUUAGAUUAUAGAGUUGUUACGCGUUUUUUGACUGAUAAAUGUUAGUAUUGUACCUAUAUCCAAAAGAUGAGGGUUAGUCUUAUAGUUUGUAUCUAUGAUGUUUUGUAUUUUUUUUUUUUUAAAUUGGUACUUGGCAUCGAGCGGCAUCGCAGUUUGGCACAGCAGUACUGUGACGUCAUAAACGUUAAUUGUUUUCUGCACCGUCGGAUUUUGGUGUGUCAAACCAUCGUGGUUUGGCGCAGACCAUCGGACUUUGGUGUGACCAUCGGACUUUGGGAGUCCCAUCACACUUUUGGAGUCCUUACAUGUCUAUGAAUGCAUGUUUACUCCACAGUGAAUAAAAAUGAAGAAAAA